CGUUUCCGCGGUACCGGAACGUGGGACGAGGCGCUGUUCUGGAAGACAAAGAAAAAGGGUUCUUUUGGUCACCUACCACUGGCCCCAUGGCUGCCUUGCAGAUGGAUCCUGAGCUAGCCAAGCGCCUCUUCUUUGAAGGGGCCACUGUUGUCAUCCUGAACAUGCCCAAGGGAACAGAGUUUGGGAUUGACUGUAACUCCUGGGAGGUGGGGCCCAAGUUCCGGGGCGUGAAGAUGAUCCCUCCAGGCAUCCACUUCCUCCACUACAGUUCUGUGGACAAGGCUAAUCCGAAGGAAGUAGGCCCUCGUAUGGGUUUCUUCCUUAGCCUGCACCAGCGGGGGCUGACAGUGCUGCGCUGGAGCACACUCAGGGAAGAGGUAGACCUGUCCCCAGCCCCAGAGUCUGAGGUGGAAGCCAUGAGGGCCAACCUCCAGGAGCUGGACCAGUUCCUAGGGCCUUACCCAUAUGCCACCCUGAAGAAGUGGAUCUCACUCACCAACUUCAUCAGCGAAGCCGCAGUGGAGAAGCUGCAGCCUGAGAACCGGCAGAUCUGUGCCUUCUCCGAUGUGCUACCUGUGCUCUCCAUGAAGCACACCAAGGACCGCGUGGGGCAGAAUCUACCGCGCUGUGGCACUGAGUGCAAGAGCUACCAAGAGGGCCUGGCCCGACUACCAGAGAUGAAGCCCAGAGCCGGGACAGAGAUCCGCUUCUCAGAGCUACCCACGCAGAUGUUCCCAGCGGGUGCCACGCCAGCAGAAAUAACCAAGCACAGCAUGGACCUGAGCUAUGCCCUGGAGACUGUGCUCAACAAGCAGUUCCCCAGCAGCCCCCAGGAUGUGCUUGGUGAACUCCAGUUUGCUUUUGUGUGCUUCCUGCUGGGGAAUGUGUACGAGGCAUUUGAGCAUUGGAAGCAGCUCCUGAACCUCCUGUGCCGGUCAGAAGCAGCCAUGGUGAAGCACCACACUCUCUACAUCAACCUCAUCUCCACCCUGUACCACCAGCUUGGUGAGAUCCCUGCUGACUUCUUCGUAGACAUUGUCUCCCAAGACAACUUCCUCACCAGCACCUUACAGCACGCCCAGUGUCUUGCUUCUACGGCGGGAAUAGUCAGUUCCUGGGCUGCCUCCCACGCUGUGGUAAAGAUCAAGUUGGUGAGUUCUUUAAAAAGGACGAAGCACUUUUUAAAUUAGAAACCUUACUUGUUAGACUGAAGGUGUCUGUUUUACCUGCCUCUAGUGGAAUUUAUUCCCAGGCAGUGUUUGAGAGGUGCUUCAGGAGGAUGGGUGAUGAGCGUGAGCCCAGCUUGUUCCAGCCUGUCACUGCUGGCCAUUGCCAAGUGCAGGGCAGUUCCUGGGUCUCAUUAGGUCAUUUGGGGAGUACCCUUUGGGCUCUAACUCUAUACCUGGCCCUGGGCAAUAUGCUUUGUGGGACACAUCAAUAAUUAGGAUGCAGUCCCCACUUUUAGAGGGUGCAAAUCACUGUGAUACAAGCACAGUGUGAGGAAUGCCAUGAGGGAGGCUUGGGCACAGUGCUGGGGAACAGGGGUCCGAGCAUUUCAUGUCACAAGGAGGUGGCUUGAGAGCCAUGGCGUUCAGGGGCCUGGUAAAGAAGCUGCCUCCUCCCUAAGAUGAGCCUUUCAUUCUCCCCGGCAUCACCACAUCAUUAUUGAACAGCUAUUUGGUGCUAGGCACUGUACAAAAGUGAACCAAAAAUUGAACCUGUGGUUGUCUUCAUUCUUCUGUUCACGAAACAUCUAAUGGGUUCUUUUUGUGUGUCGGGCGCUGUGCUGAGAGUGGAGCACAGUGUGAAAGAGCCGCUGCUGUGAGGUUGCUCCUUGUCUGGUGGGUGAGAUCAACAGCAAAUGGCCUGUUACCUUACUGAGACUGAUCAAGGUAGCCCUGGGGCUGAGGGAGCGCAGAGGAGCACCUGCUCCAUCCUUGGUCUGGAAGACAUCCUAAAGGAGGUGAUGUCUGAGCCGAGCCUGAGUCUUUAGGAGAAAUUCGUAGGUGAAGGAGGAGAAAGCAGGAGGUGGAAGGGUGUUAAGAGCAGAGGGAAAAGCGUGUGUGCAGAGAGGCACAGAGGAAGCAGUGGCACAUGUUUGGGCGGCUGCUCAGUGGCUGAAGAGCAGGGACUGUGGAAAGUCAUCCAAUUCCCAUGUAAGAAAGGGAAACUGGAAGAGACUUGGUAAUUCAGCCCAGCAGGCUCCCCACAACCUCUGGGGAUGGCGUCAUGGGUGUGCAGGGCCUCCAGAGCUAAAACUGUUUGAGAGAAGGCUUCUGUGCUGUCCAUACCAGGCCCCUCCCCAGAGUUCAGCCUUGCUCCAGGCAGGCUCCACUAGCUGCCUACAGACAGGCCGACCCCUGGCUUCCCCAUGGCCCUCGCCACCAAGAUCACACAGCCCCUCUAAUUAGUUAUUGAUCUGGUAUUUUGUUGUGGCUGUGCUUCCCACUCCUACGUAUAGUCGAUUCCCAAGUUAAUGAAGCUGGAUUCUGUACCGUCCCCCUUCCCCCGCAUCACUUCUCCCUGGGCUCACACUGCUGCUACUCCAACGGAAUGGCUCCAGACAAAGACCACUGAAAACGAGCCGCACUCCUGCUAACAGGAAGAUGGCACAGAAGCGGGUGGGAGGAAUAUUGCCUCUGGAAUCAGCUGCAGAGUACGCCUGUUGCCUUUGUUGGGUCAGGUCUCCUGGGGCCCAGCAUCUUUCCAUGGUGGCCUGAAAGCCAACUGUGGCAUAAGGGUGAUGUGGAUCAAAGAGCUUCUUCCACCGUCACACCCCUGUGUCUCUGGGUGGGCCUGUAGGGUAGCAGAUGGUAGUCUGGGAAAAAACACUUCUUCCUUUCUGGGUAAUUUGUAUUCAGUCAUUUAACUCCUCUCAGCUUCCAUUUCCUUAAAAUAGGCAUUCUUUUGUAUCUUCCCAGGGUGUUGGGAGGAUCUAGUUGGAUGCUCUGUGAAACUUCUUUGAAAACAGUAUAAGAAGGAAUCAUGGGUUUGCUGUUACUCUUAGGAAGGGACUGGAAUCCCAGACAGUCUGGAAUGGGGUUUCAGAAGAUACACAAUGGCCAAUGUGCACAUGAAAACAUACUCAAUAUCCACUGAUCAUUAGGGAAAUGCAAAUCAAAACUACAGUAAGAUACUACCUCCCACCUAUUAGAAUGGCUAUGAUUUAAACACACAGAAACUAACAGGCGUUGGCCAGGAUGUGGAGAAAUGAGAACAUUUGUGCAUUGCUGGUGGGAAUAUAAAAUGGUACGGCCCCUGUGAAAAACAGUGUGGCAGUUCAUCACAAUUUAAACAGGGAGUUCCCGUCUGAUCCAACAGCUCCACUCCUGGGUUUCUGUGCAAAAGAAUUGAAAGCAGAGACCCUAAGAGAUAUGUGUACACCCAUGUUCAUAGCAGCAUUAUUCACAAUAGCCAGAAGGUAAA